AAAUUUACACUAUAAAAUGAAUCGUUUCCAACUAAUCUGACUGGAAAAGCAGCAGCAGUGUACAUCAUGUGAUAGCAAUGUUUGAAAUGCAUAUGGAAUUGUUUCAAAUACUGUUUGAAAAAAAAAGAAGUAGUAUUUAGUAUAUGACUUGCAAAAGUUUCCUCUCAAAAUUUGAUAAAAAAAGCAAAACGAUCAUAUUUAUUACAGAGAUGAUAGAUAUAAUUAAACAUAAAGAGGUGACAACAGUGUACUGUUUUAAAUACAUUUCAUUGCAUAAUACGUAUUGUUUUACAUACUACUUAAAAAAAAAAAAAAAAAAAAAAAAAAUGCAGUGUUCAGUAGAUAGGCUACUGCUCAGUAUGCAGUAAGCAUCAUGCCAUUUUGAACACAGCCUGUGUCCUUGCUUGAGCAUGCGUGCAUGGUGACAAACCCACGAGACUCCACCUUCCAGAAACAAGAGAUGAUUUAUCAUGAGCACAGUGGCGACAGACGCACAGAAAUCAGCCGAUGCUUUCACAAAGCCAGUACAUCUGAUGUGAAAGUGUUUUAUACCGCGCAGAAGGAUUAGAAUAAAAAUCCACGCGUGAGAGAACACCAGAGAGAAGACAGCGUGCAGUUUGCGAGUGGGAAGCAACACAACGGUGUAUGUGAUAAAUACAUGAUUGCAUGGAAGCUUUUGCGUCGAAUUCAAACGGGCGUGUGCGACUUUAACAAAAAGAAAAAAAAAUGCGUUGUGAAUUGUUGAUUCAGUUAUAUAGCGAAUGCUGUUAGGUUAUAAAUAUGCCGUAAUAAAUAAUGUAGGCUGGUUUGUCAGCUUAAUAUCCUCGUAUGUUCAGAAAUUAAUUAAAACAUCUUAGCUAUUUUUUUACCUAGCUAUUUGUUUUUAUAAAUCGCUAAUGUAACAAAGAUAAUGGCUUCUUGAUGAGGACCAAGCGACCAACCCGGAGUGCCAAACGCAAGUUUGAUAGAUAGGGCAAACUGGAACUGGAGAUGGAACACAAGCAUUUUACAACAUACUUUUGGAGGCCUCGACCAUAUUAACCAAUUUCUGAACUGUCUUCUCUAGCACCACGGACAGCGACCAUGAACAGGUUACGCAGGAAAGCGUGCGUGGCUCUUUUAUUGUUUACUCUUUUCAUUUUUGGUACUAUGAUGGGCCUACGAACCCUGAAACCCACUGAUGGUUUCUCGGAUCUUGCUCCAGGAAUGGAGUUGAUGCCUUUGGUGGGAGAGCGAAUGGACCAGAGACCCAAUUAUGUAGUUGAAUCAGCAGGUCAAAAUGCUGGUGGGGGGAGUGACACCAAGAUAGUGUUCUCCAACUCUGGUCCUGACCACAGCAUAUUUUAUGACAUUCACAUCUUCUAUUAUUUAUGGUAUGGCUCGCCACAGAUGGACAGUAGUUAUAUACACUGGGACCACGUACUGGUACCACACUGGGACCCCAAAAUAGCUGCCAGUCACCCGAAAGGACGACACAAUCCUCCAGACGACAUUGCGUCCAGUUAUUACCCUGAACUGGGACCCUACAGCUCCAGAGAUCCAGAUGUCAUUGAAUCCCACAUGUCGCAAAUCGAAGCUGCUGCUGCAGGUGUGGUGGUCCUGUCCUGGUACCCGCCUGGUGUGGCAGAUGAACAUGGCAAACCCUCAGAGGAUCUAGUGCCAGCUGUAAUGGACGCUGCCCAUAGACACAGUAUCAAGGUUGCGUUUCACCUGCAGCCCUACAAAGGUCGGACGGACCUCAGUGUGCAUGACAACAUCAAAUACAUUAUUGACAAAUAUGGGAAACAUGGGGCUUUCUACAGGUUUAAGUCCAGCACUGGGAAGGUCCUUCCACUCUUUUAUGUGUACGACUCCUACCUUAUGCCACCUGAGGCCUGGGCUGAGCUGCUAACCGUCAGAGGGUCUCACAGUCUCCGAGGAACUCCUUAUGAUGGCAUCUUCAUUGCCCUCAUUGUGGAAGAGCGCCACAAGCAAGAUAUCCAAGCUGGUGGUUUUGAUGGCAUGUACACCUACUUUGCUUCUAAUGGCUUUUCCUUUGGAUCUUCUCACCAGAACUGGAAAGCAAUCAAAGCUUUCUGUGACAAGAACAACUUACUGUUUGUACCUAGUGCAGGACCUGGUUAUAUGGACACCGCCGUCCGACCGUGGAACAACCACAACACGCGCAACAGAGUGAAUGGACGAUAUUACGAGACCUCUUUGCAGGCAGCAAUAUCAGUAAGGCCUGAUAUAAUCACAGUAACAUCAUUUAAUGAGUGGCAUGAAGGAACUCAGAUUGAGAGGGCUGUGCCCAAGAAGACUGUGGCCCGUCUGUAUUUGGACUACAAACCCCAUCAGCCAGACCACUACCUGGAGCUCACCAGGAAGUGGGCGGAACAUUUUAGUAAGGAGAAAGAGCAGUGGCUUAUGUGAUUGGACCUCGUAACUUCUUAACAUUGUUGAGAUUUGAGUCUAACACUGACAUUGUCAAAUAUGAUCCUUCAAUUUAUGCAUACAUUUUAAAGGCAGCUAAUUAGCAAGGACAAGCCACCUUCUUUCACACAUUCAGUUCAUUGAUAAAUAAUUGAUUUACUGUCAAUUUUCUUGAAAGCAAAUGUUUCGAUGCGAGUAUUUACAAGAACAGUUCACCCAAAAAUGAAAAUUCUGUCAUCCUAUAGUUGGUGUAAGUUACCCAUCAGCCAUCACCAGCCAUAUCUUCAUCAUGAGGCUGGCCUCGUCACUAAAAGCCUGUUUACACCUGGUCAUUUUGUGUGUUUUUACUGAUCGGAUGGCUAACCGUUUUGUUAAAACUCUUCCAUUUACACUCGGGUCACAUAAAUGUGUCGGAAUAUAAAUCCGAUCUUCGAUUCCCACACUAUAUGCACACAGAUGCUAUUUUUUUUACAAUUUUGGGAGAAGUACAAUUUACAUAUGUGGCUUCAACAACCAGAUGCAUUUACAAUUGUUCAGAUACAUCUGGAAUGCAUCUCAAACCACCUUCUGAAGUGUUUUGAGCGAUCGGAUUUAAAUCUGUCUCAAAUGUGCUUCGGAGGGCAUUGACACCUGGUCUUUUUACAAUCUAUUAAUUAUCCGAUCAGAUAAAAUGCAUGAAGUCAUCAGGUGUAAACAGGCCCUAAAAGACUCCAUCAGCAUUUCGUUGGUCUCAUUUACAAUUUGCAAGUAUGAGCUUAUUUACAGUGACUAAUAUGUGUCAUCUAGUCUUGCUUAACAGUUUUACAGCUGAAGGAUAAUUUGCUCAUCAUUUCAAAUCUAAAUUACUUGUAUUUCUUUCCUGGAACUCAAAAGGAGAUAUUUUGAAUAAUGUUUUUCAAUAUAACAAAAGUGAAUGAGGACUGUCCAAAAAUGAAAGUUGUGAUUUGCAGAAAACUCCUGUGCAUCUCUCCAAUAUCAUUCGCGCAAGCUCAUAUUCAUGCAUGGGACGUCACUAACAGCCCAAGACAUGUGAGAACCAAAUCUGUUUGCCAUCGCAGACUUCAAACCUGGCUCAAAGUGUCUUUAUGUGCCAUAUUUGUAUGGAUAUGAAUGCAAAUGAGAUUUCAGAGCUGCAGUUAACAUAGACUUUCAGCAAAUAAUAUGUUCUGAACACAAAGCUAGUGCACAAUUUGUAUGGUAUGCUCAGCAACAUCCAUCCUCAUUCCCUAUCAUUGUAUGGAGAAGGGAAGUGUGAACAUUGUGCUAUAUUCUUCCUCCUGUAUUCCACAGAAGAAAAAAAAAGAAAAUCACAUACUGUUUGGAUUUACACGGUGCUGAGUGAAUUUGCAGUUUUAGCUAUUCCUAUAACAUUAGGCCUUGAAUUUGUGAAUUUGACUUCUGCUAGCAGCAACAGUGUGGCCUCAGUAUUUAAAUACUGUACCUUACUUCAUUGUGUGUUUGGAUGAAAUUUAAAAAUGAUUAGUGGUUGUGGUUAUGGUUUGUUUGGAUAAUGGCUGGGUUUUUGUUCUGUAAAUCCUAUUAAUUAUGCAUAUUGUAAUCCAUGUUUAAUAUUAAACAAGGAAAGUAAAACAAUUACUUUGCCAUAAUGCUAUAUGAUACAGACUAUAAAAAUUUGAACAGAA